GAGAGAGAGAGAGAGAGAGAGGGAGGGCAUAAUGCAUCUCCCUUGGAUGCUUCUGCUGCUCUGCGCCUACGGGGCCCCGGUCGCUCGGGGCCAGGCCGCGGACGAGGCCCCGCGGCCCGGGGACACGCUGUGCCACGCCGAGCGGGGCUGCUACGCCGUCUUCGUCCAGCGGAAGACCUUCCGGGAGGCGGGCCGCAGCUGCCGGGAGCACGGCGGCACCCUGGCCACGCUGCACAGCGACGCGGCCGCCGACGCCGUCAACCGCCUGCUGGCCUCCAUGGAGCCGCGGGGGGCCCGGGCGCGCCUCCGCCUCUGGAUGGGGCUGCACCGCGCGCCCCGCCAGUGCUCCUCCACCCGGCCGCUCCGAGGAUUCGUCUGGGUCACAGGAGACCAGGAAGGCCAGUACAGCAACUGGCUGCGAGAGGAGGCCCCCGGGGCUUGCUUGGGGCCCCGCUGCGUGGCCCUGACCGUGCCCGCCUCUGAGAGCGCCCGGGACGGCGGCGGCGGCGGCGGCGGCGGCGGCGACCACUUCCGCUGGCUGGACGGAGCGUGCGGCCUGUCCCUCGACGGCUUCGUCUGCCAGUACCACUUCAAGGGCAUGUGCCCGCCGCUGGAGCCCGAGGCGGGCGGGGAGCCGCCCCGCUACACCACCCCCUUCCGUCUCACCAGCGCCCUGCUCACCCACGUCCCCUUCGGCUCGGUGGCGGUGGCGGCGCCCUGCCCCGCCGACGCCGCCGCCGGUCCCGCGGAGCGCACGGCGCUCUGCGUGGAGCGGGAGGACGGCGGCGUGGGCUGGUCCGCCGCCCUGCCGCUCUGCUCCCCCCCCCGCGGGGAGGAGAUGGAGGACCAGGAGGACCGGGAGGACCCCGACUUUUGCAGCCGCGGCGACCACGGCUGCGAGCACCACUGCCAGCUCACCCGCAGCGACUACGCCUGCUUCUGCUCGGUGGGCUUCACCCUGGACGAGGACGGCUACGGGUGCAACCCCGACGACGACGACGGCGGGACCACCCCGGCGCCGACCGACGGCUGGGGGCACCCCGAGACCAGCAGCCCCCCGCCCCGGGUGGACCCCGCCUGCGUGGCGGCCGGGUGCCAGUACGACUGCGUGGAGGCGGCGCGGGGGGUCCGCUGCACCUGCCCCCCGGGGUACCAGGUGGGCCGGGACGGGCGGGGCUGCGCCGACGUGGACGAGUGCGCCCAGAGGCCCUGCCUGCAGCAGUGCGUCAACAGCCCCGGGACCUUCCACUGCGCCUGCUACCCGGGCUACGGGCCCGACGAGGAGGGCGAGUGCGUGGACGUGGACGAGUGCCUGGACGAGGCCACCUGCCAGGGGGGGUGCCGGAACACCGAGGGCUCCUACAGCUGCCAGUGCGACCGGGGCUACGAGCAGGGCAGCGGCGGCGAGUGCCAGGACGUGGACGAGUGCGAGCGGGAGUCGCCGUGCCAGCAGCGCUGUCUCAACUUUGUGGGGCGGUUUGUGUGCUUCUGCGAGAACGGAUACACCCUGCGCCCCGACGGAGUGACGUGCGAGGCCCUCCCCGAGGACGAGGAGUACUCCACGCUGACCCCCGACCCCGAGGACGGGGCCCCCGAGCCCGACCACACCCCCUACACCCCGCCCGACGACGCAGACGCCGACGCCGGCCGGGGGCGCCCCUGGCUCUCCUCCUACACCCCGGACCCCGGCUUCGAUUCGGACUGGCUCACGGAGCCUCCCGGCGAGACCUCUCCUAACGUAGCUCCUCCCCGCGGCUCCGACGGCCACCUCGACCAAUGGGAGGGCCGCUCCCCGAGGCCACAUCACACGGCCCCGCCUCCCACGCAACCCCGAUCAGACGCCGGCGAGACGGGCGCGGGCGGGGACGCGGGAGACGGGGCGGACGCCGGCGUGGAGGUGCCCAAUCAGUCCGGGUCCCACCCCGGGGCCGUGGCCAAGGUCGGGGGGGGGUCCGGGGGCGGGAUGCGGGACGGCGCCUCGGCCGGGGGGAGGGGCGAGGCUCAGGCGGGGGAGGACUCGGGAGAGGCGGAGUCCGCCGCCGGAAAGCGGAAGCAUGACAAGAGCUGGCUGCUGGUGGCCCUCCUGGUGCCGCUGUGCGUGUUCCUGGUGGUGAUGCUGGCGCUGGGCAUCGUGUACUGCACCAGCUGCGCCGUAGACAAGAGCCACCGCCUCUCGGACUGCUACCGCUGGCUGCUGCCCGCCGCCACGCCCGCCGCCACGCCCACCAGCAACGGCAAGCCCCAAGCAUGAACCCUUCCAAUCCCAGAAACACACACACGCAUGAACACAUCAACACACAUGAAGACAUGAACACACAUGAACACAUGAACACACAUGAACACACGCACCCACACACAGGCACACACAUGAGCACACACAAGAACACACGCACAAUCAGGCACAUACGUGGACACACAUCAACACACGCACACGCAGGCACACACACAUGAACACACGCAGGCACACACACAUGAACACACACAGGCACACACACACAUGAACAAACAUGAACACACAUACACAGGCAGACACAUGAACACAUGCACACACAGGCCUCCUCCCCGCACACCCAUGUGCAACAGGCCCUUACACAUGUCAGAUUGAGUGGUGAAGGAGCAGUAAAACACUAACAGUCAAUAUACUGUUGGCUGGAAGCCAGCAGCUGAGGUCUACCACAUUUCUUUCAACUUUACGUUGCACAAACUUUGUAAAUAAAUACACUCUGAUUAUGUUUUUAUAUUUCAAUAAAAACCAAAAAAAU